CAGAGUGCUUGUGGAAGAAGUAUCCUUCCAGACAGCUUGUAGGUGCUUCGAAUCCAGAGGCAAACGUGAGACGGCGUUUCUGCCGGCGGUGACGCGGGGCCUGUUGUAACAAGCGGAGGAGAUUGACGUCAAGGUCGUGAUGUUAACCCUUUAGGACCCGAGGGGCAGUGAAUAUAAAGCAUCGGCGAGACUCGUACGUCGGUCACAUGCCCGCAAUCCGAUUGAUGCGCUGAAGAUUUUUCUUUGUGGAAUUGUUUCUUUAGUAAUUUUUCAGUUCACGUUGAUCAGCGUUCUGAAAAAAAAUCACAUCUCGGUUGUGAAUUUUAUGUGUGAAGGUUCUCGAGUCGGCAUUUAUUUUUGAAGAAUAGUACAGCACCACGUCCUACAUCACGAGCUGUUUUAAACGGUUUAACAUUGACAAAGGCAAAAAUCCCACAUGGUUCUAAAUUUCUCCACAUAAAUCGUAAAAAAUUGAAAACAAUGAUCCCAACACUACAUGAAGCUGCACUGAUAUGAAGGAUCGAAGUUUCUAGCAUAAUCUUCAACGAUGGAAACGUAUGGACGAAUAAACUUAGCUUGCAGCAUUAGAAAGGAUCGGACACAUGUUUGAUAUUGUUUGAGUCAAACCGUCUCUUUCUCAAACACCAUAUUCCGAGUUUGUUUAUUUUGCAAGUAGACAGUCAUCAUGAUUUCCGAGUGGGUGCAAUUUAAUUGGUUAACGAUAUGUAUAGCAGUUAUUCCUCUUAUUUAUUUGUACCUAACAUGGAACUACAAUUAUUGGAAGAAGAGGAAUGUCGCCUUUGUGAAGCCUCAACUUAUAUUUGGAAAUUAUAAAGAAGUAUUUCUACAAAAGAGGACUGUGAGCGAAGUAAUGGAAGAUAUUUACAAGAAGCUUGAUGGUAAACCAUUUGUUGGGUUUUGGAGGUUUAGGACGCCUGGCAUCUUGGUGAGAGAUCCAGAAAUGGUUAAAACCGUCCUGAUGAAGGACUUCCAUAGUUUUGAAGAUAAUGCUAUCAUUGUGGACCCAAAAAUGGAUCCCUUACUAGCUAAGAAUCCAUUUUUUGUAAGUGGAGAAAAAUGGAAGAACAUGAGGUCAGUGCUGUCGCCGUCCUUCACCAGCGGGAAGCUGAAGCCGCUGCUGCCCCUCAUGGAGGGCGUGUGCGAGGAGCUGCUGGAGUACCUGCGCGCCACGGCGCCCACAAGCGCUCCAGACGGGAUAGAAGCAUCACUAACGGCGUUCAAGUAUACUGUUGAAAUGGUCGCAAGAUGUGCUCUAGGAAUUAAAGGGAACAACUUUACAGACUCUGAAGGUCAUCUUAGAACAAUGGUUAGAAGGAUUAUAGCACCAGGAUUCUGGAAGAAUAUAGAGUUCAUGAUUAUGAAUUUCCUUCCAUCUAUGGGAUCGUUUCUUCAUCUUAGCUGGAUGCCGAGAGACGUUGAUUUGUUCUUUACCAAAAUAGUUACUGAUGUGAUGGAUUACCGCAAAAAGAACAAUGUCAUUAGACCAGAUUACCUUCAGUAUUUAAUAAACAUGUCGAAAAAGGAAAACGGUGUAGCGGACGCCCUGGGCCACGCGGUCACCUUCAUGACGGAGGGCUCGGAGACGUCGUCCAUCACGCUGGGCUUCGCGUGGUACGAGCUGGCGCGCCACCCGGACGUCCAGGCCGCGGUGCGGCGCGAGACACCGGGGCCCGUGACACUGGGGGUCCAUGCAAUGGGAUUCGUGACCCUGGGGCCUCUGACAGUGGAUCUCGUGCCACCGGGUCCCGUGUGUCUGGGGCCCGUGGGUCGUGGCCGUGAGAGUGACGCGCGCGUUGCAGAGACGCUGCGUCUGCACGCGCCGCUGAUGGCCAUGGAGAAGACGUGCACGCGCGCGACGGAGCUGCGCGGGGCGGACGGGGUGGCGUGCCGCGUGGAGCCCGGCACGCUCGUCGUCAUCCCCGUGCGCGCGCUGCACCACGACCCCGCCUUCUACCCCGAGCCGCUGCGCUUCGACCCCGGCCGCUGGGCGCCCGGCAGCAGGGAGCGCCUCGUCAAGUACACCUACCUGCCCUUCGGCGAGGGCCCGCGCAUCUGCCUGGGAAUGCGUUUCGCUCAGCUUCAAGUGAAGCUCGCGCUCGCCUACGUCGUGGAGAAAUUCGACAUCAAGAUGACGCCCAAGACCCCCAACCCGGUGGUGCAAGACCCCACGUACUUCCUGACCUGCGCCAAGGGCGGCCUGUGGUUGCGGUUUGAGGAGCGAAAGAGCACCGAUAGCGAAUAGACGUGUUCGCCGAAAAUCUCUCAAUGAUCCGAAGAAGCACUUCAGUUUUUCGACAGAGUAGCGAUAGGAUUUACUGAUUUUUUGUAAAGAAACACCAUUAUUAUCUACAUCAA